AUGAACACGGCAAACAACCGGCCUCGUGUGGACCACCGCAACUCCAUGGGACCUCGAGAGAGCUCCGUGCCUUCAACAGGCCCACGGCAGAACCAGCGUUCUCGUCCCAACUCGAGACCAAGCUCGAGACCUCCCCAGCAAAGGCAUCAAAGCAUAGACGAUGCCAGGAGGAGCUUCGACUCAAUAGACACACCACCGAGCUGGGCGUCCACACCCGAUAGCACCACAACCUCGGACCAAAACACCAUGACCGCUGCACCACAGCAUCAGCCAGAACCUCGUAGGCGGCCCCUUGUCCCGCCCAAGCCCAAGGACAUCUUAAGUAGUGUUCCUCAUAAAGACUACUCAUCCACGUCUGUCAAGGCCGCUACUGACCACUCUACAGCCAAGCAUCCAGUGCGAGGGAUCCUGAAGAACCCCGACCCCAAGCGAGACCAAGCUCUUCUCGCCCAGAGGUUCUCUCGUGCUGCACCUCUUGAGCAGCAUGCCCCUUCCACACAACCUCCACCGGCCACGGUCUCGCCCCGGAGGCUCGAGCACCCGUCGUCUCAGCAGCAUAUGGCAGUCGGGAGCACCGACAUGUACCAUCCACCGAUGCCAGGGUCUUACAUGGCACCUUACAACAACGGUGGCUACCAGCAACACGACCACCAUGACCCGGGCUACGAGUAUCUCACGGAGAACCCGUACGACACCUACGACAGCUUUGACGAGUCUGCCAACUCUGAGCUGUCAGCCAGCACGGACGCCACGAGCAUCAUCUCGGAGCCCAGCACUGUGGACUCGGACGUCUACUACAGGAAGCCCCAGCCCCAGGUCCGCCAAGUCCGCCUGGCACCAACAGUGACCACGACGACGAUUGCAACCACGAGCACUCGUCCAAGACAGCAGUCCAGGCCUCAAGUCCGCGGUCCAUCAUCGUCGACAGACGGCAGCGACAUCACGCCCACAGGGCCCGUCACCACGACUGCUCUCCAGAGAACCAACAACAGGAACUCCAACAACAACAACAACAAUGGCAAGAACGGCAACACCAAGAACAGCAGCAGCAACAACAACAACAACAAUGCCCAGCCCAAACGCACCGUGCACAUCCAGAUCAUGCCCCCUCCGGUGGCACCUCCCGCCCCGCCGCCCAAGAAGGCCAUCACUGCCCCUCCAGUCCAGCAGCAAAGCAACAACAAUGCCAACAAGGAGCUCGUCCUCGCGGCCCGCCGCGCGGAGCGGGACCUGCUCGAGAAGAUCGACGCGCUCGAGAGCGAGACCGAGUCGCUGCACGUCGCCAAGUCGCGGCUGAACCGGGAGCUCGCCGACGCCGCGGACCAGCUGUCCCUGCAGAGCCAGGAGGCCAAGGACGCGGAGCGGCUGCUGCGGCAGGAGCGGCACGGCAAGGACCUCGCGCUCAAGGAGCUCGAGCAGUCGCGCCGGCUCGUGGACGAGGUGAGGAGCAACCUCGACUUCCAGAAGGGCGUACUCAGCGAGGCCGAGAAGGAGCGCGACGGGCUGAGGCUCGUCAAGGCCGAGCUGGAGGCGCAGCUCGUGGAGAUUGAGAAGGGGGCGGCGAGGAAGGAGGAGGAGCAGAAGGGCCACUCGGACAUGCUGGCCAUGCAGAUUGCCGCGUUCGAGAAGGCGGCGCUGUCCCUGGAGGCCAGGGUUGCCUCCCUCGCCGGGCAGGUCAAGGACAUCACUGGCGAGCGGGAUGACCUCAAGGCGGCGUCUGACAAGCAGAUGGAGCAAAUCCGGGGCCUCGUGGAGGAGCGUGAUGGCCUGCUCGUUGCCAAGGUCGAGCUCGAAAAGGCCCAGGCUGACCUUGAGGUCACCAUUCAACAGCUUGGCCAGGAGAAGAGCGGUCUGGAGACUGACAAGGGUGCUCUUGAGGCCCAGAUCGACGGGUUCAAGAGUGAGGUCAAGGAUCUGAACGAAAAGAUUGCAGAAUGGGCGCCAGAGAAGGCCAAGCUUGAGAACGAGAUUGAGGCUGAGAAGGCAGCCAACGAUGCCCUAUCCAAAGAACUCGAGCUGGAGAAGGAGGCAAAGACUUCGGCCGAGAAGCAACUCGAAGCAGAGAAGACGGCUUCAGAGGAUAUGAAGAAGACUUUCGAAGCCGUGAAGCAAGAGCUCGAGCAAAAGUCCGAAGCCGACAAGAAGGACGUCCAGGAGAAGUUCGAGGCCGAGAGAGCCGAACUCGAAAAGCAGCUCGCCGACGAGAAGUCUCAAUUGGAGACGCAAAUCAACGACCUCAAGACCGAGAUCACGGACAAGCAGGCCGAAAUCGACCGCCUCACCAUCGACCUUGGUGGUGCCAAGGCGGCAAACGUGUCUCUCGCCCACCAGCGGCUCGAGGUCGACGCCAAGCUGUGCAACACACGGGUCGAGCUCGACACUACAAAGGCAGAGCUCGACACGACCAAGAGCGAGCUCGCAGAUGUCAAUGACAGCAAGGCUGCUCUGGCGACAGACUACGACUCGCUCAUGACGCGCGCCUCAGAGCUGGACGGCAAGAUCGAGCAGCUCGAGGAAAAAGCUGCAGAACUUGAAAAGCUGCAGGCUGAGCACAAGGAGCUUGAGGAACGCUCCAACAGUCUUCAGGCCGAGCUGAGCGCAGUUCAAGAACAGCUUACACAAGCUCAGGCUCAAGCCGCCGCCGCGCCAGCAGCUGAAGAACCUGCCGCUGAUCAGCCGGAAUCGGCCGAGCCCGCCGAGGUCUUGGGUCAGAUUAUCGUCGAGGAGGAGAACGAAGACUCAGCGCCUCAGCCCGACGAGCCAGCACCUCAGGCCGCCGAGCCAGCACCACAGCCACCCGCUGCUGCUGUUCCAGACCCGGAACUGACAUCCAAGCUUGCCGCCCUCGAGGCCCGCAACGUCGAGCUUGAGGUCGAGGCCGCCAAGGUCCCCGACCUUGUCCAGCGGGCAACCCGUGCAGCCGAGCUGGGCGCCCAGAUCGCGACGCUGACUAGCGACCUCGAUGCGGCACACGCCGCGCACGCACCGUGCGGGCAGACCAUCGCAGACCUCCAGGCGCAAAUCACUUCCCUUCAGGCCUCUGCGGCCGCGGCUUCUUUGAUGGGCCCGGCCUCGCCUGGGAUCGGGCCAAAGGAGGGCAGCAGACCGCCUUCGAGGAGCGACUCGAGACGGCGCGCCAAGAACGGCGUGGCCAACCACGUGAGAUCGCGCAGCACCAGUAUGGUGUUUGUCCGCAAGCCUCAAGACCGCAGUGGUACUGUGACCGUCAUGACGAAAGAGGCUCUCCGGGGAAGGGGGAGCGAUGAUUCUUCGUGA